AUGGGGCAUGGACUUAUACGGACUUGUGGGCGCCCGUGGGCGCAUGGACAUCACGUGGGCACGUGGCCCGGCUUUAUAUUACUUCUUGACACAUAUCUUGAUCAGCUCUUUUCUUACCCUGUACUCCUACGUAUCUUGCUAAUCGCGUAUAAGCGGUUCGGUUCAGCUACGAGGGAGUCUAAGGGUAACGAGCAAAAGGACCAACGUCCUUACAUCUUCCGUCAGAAGGAGCAAACCUUCGUUGACAUGCUCAAUGAGAUGCGCUUCGGGAACUUGAAGCCUGAGACUAUCGAGAAGUUCAGGCAGUUGGCACGACCAGUCACGUAUACCGACGGUAUAGAGGCGACGGGAUUAUAUUCUACUCGUGUCGAGGUGGAGGGCGCCAACAUGAAGCGCCUGCGCGAACUUCCGGGCCCGGGCAAGAUCUUCCGCUCGACGGACCGUGCGGGUCGCGACAGCAAUGGCAAACGUGUCUCAGAGGCGCAGAUGAAGUCGCUGCUCGAGAAGCGGACCAUCUCCUUGCCGGAAGUUGAGCUGCGGGUACAUGCUGUUCACCGCCAGCGCGCUUCAGAGCAUCACUGA